UAGUGGUCAGAUCAGUUGAUUCCCGCCAUUUUAUUAUUGAAAUGUCAACAAGACGAUCAUCCAGACACAAAUCUGAAGACACCGAUGGAGAAAUGACACACGAACAUAAAAAUGGCGGAGCAAAGCAAGACAACGAACAAUGGGUGUUUUUAAUGAAUGAUUCCGUAAUAGAAGAAAACCCAAAUGCAGAAGACAAGCCCAUAUUCUGUAAACUGCGUCACCCCAAAACAGAUAGAGGUGCCUUAUUUGUGUUCUCUCACGAUGAGCAGGAUAUCCAUGAAGUAACCUCCUUCAAGGAAGAGUUCCGGUCAUGGUUCAUCGGAGAUCAAGUACAGAGCGAUGGAUCCCUGAUAUUAACGUCAAAAGUAGACUCUUUAUUUUUAGUGCUGCCGUACCUCAUUACAGCUGAACAGACUGGGAAGUUUAUGACUAUAGACCAGAUUGUGACGGAUGAUGACUACCCAGAAUGCCAGCGUCUAUACAAGACCGCUGGAAUGUCAGAGCUUUAUCGAGUCACCGACAUGAAAGGAGAUGAUGACUUUAGAGUGUACAGGUUUAACAAGGAGAAGACGUUAUCGUGGUUACAGGGCAAGAUUGACAAAUUAGCAGAAGUCCUGUCUGCCAAGGGGAUCUGUGUAUCUGGAGCCCAGAGUUCAUCCUUCGUCAGGAGCAAACGCUUUUCUACAGCCACUACAGAUGAUUAUCGACGAUUUGCCCACGGAAUGGUAUGCGACUACCUGCCUUUAGCUCUAGGCGAAGAACUGCUAGUACAUCUUGGAUUACCUGAAGAACCAGAAAAGACGGACGCAUCAGAACCUCCAGCUAAGCGAAUAAAAACAGAAAAUUCUGGUCCAACAGAAGAUUACAGUCUGGGUAAAGUUAAUGUUAAAACUAAGGCUGUCAAGAUGAACAAGGCCCAGUCACUACUCAGUAAAGUGGACAAAUCUGGUAUGAAGAGUUUGUCCAGCUUCUUCUCCCCAAAAACCAAGACCUGAAACAAUCCAACGUACCCCUGGGAUGUCAUUGACCUCCUGAAUCCUGAUUCAGGACCCCAGUGAUUCUGCCAUUUCCUUGGACAUCUUUGGAACCCAUGAGUGUUGAUACAGCAAGAGAACGAAAACAAUUUAUUAUAUCCACCUUAUGUUGUCAUGCGUGUGGAAUAUUUAAAGUUUUGUGGUGCUGAAGUUUUAAAACAUAAUUUUAUACAAGACAUAUUUUUUUGUCUCCGAGUUGAAGAUUAUAACAAAAGUCUCUAAUGAAAUUUUUUGAAUUUGAAGUGCUAAUUGUUUUUAUUGUUAUUAUGGGUAAUUUAUAAACGUGCUAAAAUUUGUUAACCAUAAGUGUUCCUUGAACAGACUUUUAAAAAAAAAGGUUAUUGUGGAGAGAACCUUUGUUUAAGAUUUUGUAUGACAUAUGAACUAGUUCAGUAUUGAAGUGUAUAGCAAUUUAACUGUCUGAAACAAAGUUUUUGAUUUUGAAUUGUAACAUCUCUCUGUUUUCUUUUUUGGAAGAUCUUGUGUAUAAUGUUUUCUUCAUGCACGAAUCUGUAGCUGUGAGACACCAUUUGUUGUCUGUAAAUGUGUUCUGGAACUUGCCUGGUGGCUAAAUGACAGCAUUAUGUUUAAUGCCUGACAUAUGCAUGCUUUUAUACAGAUUUUUGAAUUGCAAUAAUUUUGUUUUGUUUUACAUGAGAUGUAUAACUGAAUUGUUUGUAAAUGAACUUGAUUUGAAACUGCCUAGUCUUCACAUUUUGACUCUAAGGGGGAUAUAUCUAUAAAGGCUAAUUCCAAUAUUUGAGACUUCAAAAACCUUGACGGUUUGAAGCAUUUCAUCUUUUGUCCUAGGAUCGGUAAGGACAAGAAAGGCCCAUCAAUCAAUCAGUCAUCAUUUUAUCGUUAGGAAAAUGUCUAAGGCACAUACAAAUGAAUCGUAAGAAUUUUUAGCUCACUUUGCAGGCGAUAUAUAGAUAUUACUUUGUCAGCGUCGGCAUCAUCGGUUGCGUUGUCCGAAACAAGGUUCCCAUGCGAUAACUUGAGUUUCCUUGGGUUGAUUGAACUCAAACUUUGUACACAUAUUUCAUACCAAAAUAGCUCGGACAAGUUCGCAUUUCAGAAGUUUACGUGCAUUUUUGGUGAAUCAUGCCCUUUUUUAUUGCCAAAUAAGGGCAUUGUGUUGUAAAUUUUUUAUUUUUCAAUCAGUUCCUUUCAAAUUUUGUACGGUAAUUUGCUAGAAGCAAUAAUGUUUAACAUAUAUUACAGGUUUUUCUGUCGAGUUUAAACUUUCCGCGUUUUGCCAUAUCUGUUUACGCGAUAACUCGAGCCAAAACACUUUUCUUAUUAAAAGUGCUGAGCAGGCGACACAUCCAAUCCCGUGGAAAUCUUGUUAUUGAAGCUAAUUUGAACUGAACUUUCGAAAAAUAGGUCUUUGAGAUUUAGUUUUCUGGAUGUUAAAGCCAGUUCUAUGAAAAGAUUUGUGAGAAUGGACUUUCCUGAUAAACUAUCUCUGUAUUAAUAAGGUUACUCUGGGUAUCUAUUUGGUGACAUUGACAAAAUUGUAAAUGAAGAGGAAGUGUAACACUAAUUUUGUCAAUUGAUCUUCAGUUGUUAUUGUCAGAUACAAUAAAUGAUGGUUAGUGAUGAGGCAACUAUUAUUAAAAUACUAGAUCAGAAUGAAGUUUUCGUAUUAAAUGUAUUCUAGCAUCAAUCUCUAAAUUUAAAGUGUUAGAAAUAUUUCUUUUUGUGAAUGUUUCCGAAUGUCCAACUUUAAUUGUUAACUUUUUCAUUUUAUCAAAAUGAACAAUAACAUAUAUUUCCCAUGUUUAAAUGCUAAUAAUGAUUGAAAUGUGAAUAUGUUCAUUAGCAUAAAAAUAUUAUUAAAAUAGAUUUACAGUAUGAUACAGACAAUCGCACUUUAUAUGAAAUCUAAUUUUGAGAUACUGCUUACAGGUAGAUUGAAAUACAUUAGGUAUUUCCCUAUUCAUAUACCUGCAUUUUCCAUUUAUUGGAAAUUACCUUGGUUAAAUUAAAAACAAGUUAACUUCAAGUUUUUGACUCUUCAAGCUUUUUAAGUUUGGGACUCUACAAACUUUCAAUAUAACCAGUCUUCAUCAUUUACUGUAAACAAUGAAAUAUGAUAGAAAACUUGUUUGAGCUGAUUCUGAAAUGACUAUGAAGACUUAUUGCUGAAGCAAAAUUCAUCUACCAUAUCGUUUUCAACACCUCACAGGGACCGGUAAGGUGGAAAAACUACUUGUUACCUGUAGUUUCAGAUAUCUAGCACACCUAGGACAGAGUUUUCAUGUGCCAUUUCUUCGGUAGUUGACAUUUCCAUUGAUCAGUGUUAUUUAUAAAGAGGAAGAUUUUAAAUAACUGCAUCAACAUGUGUUCUUGCAUUGUCCAGCCACAUUUAUAGAACACACAAUCCUUUGAUUGAGUAUAAUUUAAAAUUUUACAAAGCAAGAAGGGUGGAAGAUUACAUUUUGAAACAUAAUCACAAAUGAAAUCUUAACAUUUGCGAUACAUGUAGUACACUUUGUGUAAGACACAAUUUAAUACAUAAUAUACAUAAUUUAGUUACUACUAUCAAAACAGUUCUGCAGAGUGUGGGUACCAAAAUCUUACAGGAAAACACAACAACAUUUGGGAAAAAAUUAUCUCCCUUAGAUCAGUAUAUGUGUCAUUUCUGUGCCACUGAAAUGCACAAAAUUUGAAAUUAUCCCCUCUUUGACUGUACAAUAAUUUGUACCGGUUGUAUUUUGUUCAGCUACAAGUCUGCCAAAUUGUCUCCCUUGUGUUGCUGAAAUUUUGUGAAUAACAGGGAAGGAAAUUCUGUAUUUCAAAAUAUUAACUUCCACCAUUUCAUUGGAUGGUCAAUUGCCAAGUUUACAUAAAAUGACACUUUUUUUUUCAAAAUAAACAUAAAUCUACGAU